AUGUCUUUGGCAGAUGCUCUCGACGGCGGGAAGCCGAGCAACCCAGACCGCCCAACAACCUGGAUCCACCCCAUGAACAGAAAGCUGUAUGACAGCAACGUUACGUUCGAAGAGUACCUCCAUUAUGCGAAACGCACACGGGCCGAAGAGGAAGCAGAGCAGCAUAUCCCCCAAGCUAGCAUUCUGCAACAGGUGUUCCGCAGGUCAUCAGCCACACCACAACCACCUGGAGCAUCUCACCAUGCGGGAGUGAGCCCUGAAGAAGGAAGUCCAGGGGAAAAGUCCAACAAAGAGGUUGCUGCAGCGCCAGGCACCAAUCAGGACGCCAGUCAACCACGUCGAAGGAGUAUUUUGUCAAGACACUCUCUGGUCACUGAAGAGGAGUGGCGCAAUGCCGCCCGAGCCUUGCGCACCGCGACCUGGGGUGCGGGCUUUUACUUGAUCACGACGGACAUCUUGGGUCCGUACGGCGUCGGGUUUGCUCUCGGAACCCUGGGCUGGGGACCAGGUGUCGCUCUCUAUACCGUCUUUGCUUUCAUGGCUGGUUACUCAGGCUACCUGAUUUGGUCCGUCUACAUGGGUCUUGACUCGUACGAAUUCCCGCUGCGCAACUACGGGGACCUUGCAUAUCGUACGAUGGGCAAUGGCGCUCGGUAUGCCAUCAAUUUUUUGCAGUCGAUCCAGUUGCUCCUCAUCUGCGGCCAGGUCAUCAUCCAGAAUGGACAGGGUAUCUCACAGACGUCCAAAUUCCGACUAUGCUACGCAGUCUGCAUCAUUCUCUUCGUCAUUGCAGGGUUCCUCAUGGGUCAAGUCCGCACUUUGCGCAAUUUUGGCAUCUUCUCUAUGAUUGCUGUAGGUUUCAACCUCCUGGUCAUCUUCAUCUCGAUGGGCGUGAUGGCACACUCGCCUCCCAACUAUAGUAUCAGUGUGCUCGGUUCCGCUGGUUCGGCCGUGGAUCCAGAUUCAAUCACUCCAGACGCAAACGGUAACUACCCUCCUAUCAAGCAUUACGGAGGAAUGCCAGACUCUUCAAAUUUUGUCGGUGCAAUCAACGGGCUGAUGUCCGGAGUCUUUGCGUACGGUGGUGCUCAGAUCUUUGUUGAGAUCAUGGCCGAAAUGAGACGACCAUGGGACUUCAUCAAGGCCAUGUGGCUUGCCCAGUUCUUCAUUUACGCCGUUUACCUGAUAUAUGGUUGUUACGUGUACCAUUACCAGGGACAGUACUCAUUCACCAUCUCAUACAUGGGUUUGAGUGUUUAUGGUUUCCAAGCUGCUUGCGACAUGCUGGUGGUCAUUUCGGGAUUGAUUGCGGCUGGGUUGUAUGGCAACAUUGGUAUCAAGGUGCUGUACAACCAGGUACUCCAAGAGAUCUUCAACGCACCACCUCUCACAUCCAAGACUGGCAAAUGGCUCUUUGGCUCGAUCGUCCCGAUCUACUGGAGUAUUGCCUUUGUCGUCGCCGCUGCCAUUCCGGAUUACUUCGGCUUCGUCUCGGUCAUCGCGGCAUUUUGCAUCGUGCAGUUCAGCUACUCCUUCCCUCCAAUCAUCCAUCUUGCCUACACCAUGCAAAAGAAUGCGAUCCGAGAAGGCGAAGGGUUCGACGAGACAACAGGGGAGACGAGGCGGGACGACCACGGUAUCAAGCGUCUGAUUCGAGGCUUCUUUGCCGACAAGUGGUACAUCAACGUAUGGCAUGUCAUUCAUGCUGGCGGAGCGCUUGCAACUGCUGGGCUCGGUGCCUAUGCAGCCAUCAAGGGCAUGAUCGACGCCUUCAAGAUCCCACAAGUCAACGCUUUUACGUGCACAAGCCCCCUCAACCUCAAUGCUUGA